GAGCCUGAGAACGGGCGGAUCGAUCGGUUGACACGGCACUGCUUUUCCAGAUCUGUAUCGACAUCGACGAUGACCACGAAUACCCCGAGGACAUUUGUGCUUGCAUCUCGCGGCUCCCAGCUCGCGCAAGUUCAGACUAAUAUCGUCCUCGAAAAACUCCAGGCUUUAUACCCAACCACUUCUAAUGAUUCUUCAACUCCGAAGUUCACCACUUCAUUCAUGGCGACUGCUGGGGACAAGAACCAAUCACAGGCCCUCUAUCUGCUCGGAGGAAAAUCUUUUUGGACCAAGGAACUCGAGGUCGCUUUGUUGGAUCGUGAAGUAGACAUGCUCAUUCAUUCAUUCAAAGAUGUUCCGACUACCCUACCCGAGGGUUGUAGGAUCGCCGGAGUCCUUCAGAGGGAGGAUCCCGUAGACAGUCUCGUGGUGAAGGAAGGUUACCAGAAUACCUGGAAAACUCUGGACGAUCUCCCAGAAGGAAGUGUAGUUGGAACGAGUAGUGUUAGGAGAGUGGCUCAGCUCAAAAGGAAAUACCCAGGCCUCAAAUUUCAGGACGUACGUGGAAAUUUAAAUACACGGCUCGCCAAAUUGGAUGCAUCGGAGGGUCCUUACGCUGCAAUCAUCCUCGCAAAGGCCGGAAUGGUACGGAUCGGCAUGGGUCACCGCUUGACUUCCGAUUUGAACCCUCCUACGCUGUAUUACGCUGUUUCGCAGGGCGCCUUAGCUGUAGAAAUUCGCAGCGAUGAUACAGAAGCGCUGGAACUUUGCAGGAGGAUUACUCAUGAAGACACCAGGUGGAUAUGUCUGGCUGAAAGAGCAUGCCUGCGGGUGCUCGAAGGGGGUUGCAGUGUUCCUGUUGGGGUUUCCACAUCGUUGAAGUAUAACGAGCAGACGCGGUCGACAACGCUCCAGAUAACCGGAUGUGUAACGUCUCUGAAUGGUUUACAACACGUCGAACAUACACUGGUAGAGCCUGUCAAGUCUGCAGAAGAAUCGGAGGAAGUAGGGGCGAAGUUAGCACGAGUGUUGAUCGAGACUGGUGCACGGGAGAUUCUGGACGAAAUUAACGUGGACAGAGAGCAACGAGUUAAGGAAGCGCAGGAUACUGAUCAGAAAGUAGCGCAAUGAAGAGAUGUAGAACAUGGAUAUGGAUAUCAAAAAGUUUUUGCUCGUGUAUCUAACCUGACCAAACCGUAGAGCAUUCCAGAAAGCCACGUCUACGAACUCGGCGAGAAGAGAACUCGAUCUACAUCUCCGCGAGCGCCUGAACAUCCCUGUAUCUUUCAUAGUGGGAAGACAAGUGACUCUAAAG